AUGGACGAAACAGAGAACAAUACCUCCAUAGAUUCUGUAGAGGUUGGGCCGUCGAGCCCAAGAGUCGUCGCUACGCCACGUAUUCCAAUUCCUGUGAUGAUGCGUGAGACGCCGUUGUCGACGAAACGCGAACGGCAAGCGCUCACACCCCGAUUCAGACGUCCAGCGCCACGAAUGAUCAAAACGGUACCGCAGACUAGAAGCAUAUGGUCUGUGCGGAAGGAUACCACACCGCAAUUGGUCACCCCACAUGGUCCUCAAGAACUGGAAUCUCCUCACUACGAUCGUGCAAAUACACAAACUUUUUUCGAGCAAGUCUUCCAAAUUGACGAAAUAAUCGGUCGCGGCUCAUUCGGAGAAGUCUUCGCUGCUCGUUGUCGUGAAGAUUCCCGCCUCUAUGCAGUGAAAGUUUCGAUCGCUCCGAUGCGUCAACACUCGAUGAGCAAGUAUCGUGAGGCUGAAAGUCAUAUGAUCAUUCCACCACACAAGAAUCUUGUCAAAUUCUAUCGGGCUUGGGAGGAAACUGACCGUCUUUAUAUUCAAACGGAGCUAUGUGAACAAAGUCUGCAGCAAUACUGCUCUGUACAACAUGCUCUUCCGGAGAACGAGAUAUGGAAUAUUUUCGUGGAUUUGUUGGAGGCUGUUCACCAUUUACACUCGAAUGAUAUGAUUCAUGAUGACAUUAAGCCAGAGAACAUCUUUCUGACUAAACACAAAAUUUGCAAAUUGGGUGACUUUGGUUUGGUCAUCAACUUGAAGAAUCCAAACGAUGUAAAAUCUGCUGAAGAAGGCGACUCAAAGUAUCUAGCGCCAGAAGUGCUUAACGGCAAGCCCACAUUUGCCUCCGACAUUUUCAGUCUAGGUGUGACGAUUCUCGAAGCAGCUACGGACUUGGACGUACCAUCCAAUGGAGACGCAUGGCAUCAGAUUCGAAACGGGCAGAUCCCUGAGCGUUUCUUCGUCGGAAUUUCCAGCGACCUUCGAGUCUUGAUCGAACAAAUGAUAAAUAAGGAACCAAUGAAGCGCCCAACUAGUGACGCUCUCCGGAAGCAUCUGUCUAUCAGAACUCGAUUAGAUUCGCGAAGGAGGUACAUCUUGUCCAUGGAUAUGCGUGACGGCUUCUGUAACUUGAUGAGCUCGAUUCUUGUCUGGUGCAUGGCAUUUUUGUCCGUUGUUUUCCAUCCAGUUACACGAUUCCACGAGGCCAUCAAUAACCGCAGAUCCGAGCUUUGCGCGCAAUUCGUGAAUAACCAACAGCACACACCCAUCCAGACACCUGAAACGUCAAAGGUGUACUCAGAAUCGCUGACUGGGGUAGCUCUCCGACAGGCCUCUCAAAUUUCGCCAUUUGAUUUUUCGGAUGAUGAGAAUCCACCACAUUCACAACGUCGUCUUUUCACUGGACCGGUGUCACGCCGUCUGAAUUUCGACGACGAGAUGGAAGAUGAGGAGCAAGCAACGUGUUCGUCAUCUAACUCAUCGGCUAUUGAAACUGCUGAGGACUCGCUUAGUUCUCCGAAAAAGCCGGUUAUUCCUGUAACGAGACAGGGAACACCGAAAUCUGCUCGGCGUCUCAUUCCAAGCUACCGUAACCGCUCCGGAUCCCGAGAUCCUACUCAUCACGCUGGUGCUGGCGACAGCAUGAAUUCCUCGAUUUUGGAUCAAGAACGUACUGAUCGUUAUCUGAGAAUGCGUCUUGCCGAACAACAGCUCGACUGGAAUGAUCACUCAAAUAUGAUUGACGAGGCACCACCUCCAAUGUCGUGUCCACCACGGAUUCGUCGAAGUCUUCGUGAUAUGCCUCGCAUGCCGGUUCUCAACUUCAAUUUGUUAGAUGAGCCGAUCAAGAAAGGAAAAGAGAAGCCAGUUGUGGAACCCGCAGAACUUCGGCAAAGGCCAAUGAGAAACGGAUUAAAAUCGUUGCGAUCCAGAAUGGCAUCGUUUCAAGGAUCUUCUGGGGAUGAAAACUAA